GGAGUUUUGUAUUAUAAGUUAUAAUUUAUUUUUAUGUACAAAAUCUAUUUAAGCUUUAAUUAUUAUUCGAUUAAACAGUGCCGUGAUUUCGUUUGUGAAAUUAAUAAAAAUAUUUGUUUUUGAUAAGGUUCAAACAUGAUUGAGAUAACAGCUCUUAGUAACAAACCAUAAUAGGAACAAAACAUCUAUUGUUCCUUACAUUGAGUGGUUUCUAUAAAUAUGUGUAUGUUAAUUUGAAGACUGCAAUCAAGUUCAAUAUGACUGACCAUCGCAUACGGGAGGCAGCUGAGUCACUGCUCAGUACAGUGUCCAACCCAAAUUAUAGGACUAUAUCUCAGUCACAGUCAGUGAAUCUCGUGUCGGAAGAUCUGGCGGCAGGUCACAGGCCUCAGGGCAAGAUGUCGACUGUACGAAGGUUCUUCUGUCUGUUUGUCACAUUCGAUAUAUUGUUUACUAGUCUCAUGUGGCUUAUAUGUGUAAUGAUGCGAGGCGAGACGUUAGAACAAAUAUUCAAUCGUGAAAUAGUUCACUAUAACGUGAAGACUUCGCUGUUUGAUAUUGUAAUGGUGGCUGUGACUAGGUUCAUCGUGCUGCUAUUGUUUUACGCAAUCUUGUAUAUAAAUAAUUGGAGUGUUAUAGCUCUCUCAACAGGUGGAACUUGUGCCUUUUUGAUAGCAAAAGUGUUUGUUUUUGAUUGGCCGAACGCGUCGCAGCCAGUGUACCAAGUUUUCCUAAUCCUCACAUCGUUCACGAUCUCGUGGGGCGAAGCCUGGUUCUUGGACUUUAGGGUGCUCCCGCAGGAGUUGCAGGCCAAGCAGAUACUGGAGUGCAUCGUGCAUGGAACAGAAAGAACUCCUUUGCUGCACCCUGGGAGGCCGUCGGGCGUGCUGUCCACACACGGGGAGUCCACGGUGAACUGGUUCUCACCGGUCGAGACUCCGGAGUCUAGUCCACGGCCGAGGAGAGCCGGGGAGCAAAUUAUACUCACACAAGAUCAAAUCGAUGAAUACAAGUCGCAGGCCGAGGAGAGUAUGCAGAAUGCAUGGCGUAUCAUCAACUCCCCCAAUUGGUCGGUGGAGAAACGCAACAAGGGCGAUAUUGUUGAGUCCAAGCGCACCGAACAGUUCGGAAAGGUGUACAGGUUCACUGGCAUAGUGGAGUGUCCACCGAAAUUUCUGUACGAAGAAUUCAGAGACAAUAUUACUAAUCUCCCAAAAUGGAAUCCUACAAUAUUGAAGAGCGAAGUCAUCAAGGAAAUAGCACCAGGUAUCGAUAUAUCAUACCAGGUGACGGAAGGCGGAGGUCGAGGUAUGAUAACACCCCGUGACUUCGUGAUCCUCCGGAGGGCCGCGCCCCUCUCGAAGGACGGCAGGAUCGUGGACGAGGACCCGUACAGUUACAUCAGUAGUGGAGUCAGCGUUCAAGUGCCAGGGUUCCCACCCAACAGGGAUCUAGUCAGGGGUCACAAUAAAGUGGGAUGCUGGUACAUGAAGCCGAUCAACGUGAAGAGUUCCGGCGGCAAGAUAGAAAAGCAUACCAGCUUCCAGUGGCUCAUGUGCUGCGAUCUCAAAGGAAAAAUACCACCGUUCGUGCUUGACGCUGCGUUCGCAUCAGUCAUGUGUGACUAUAUUGUCCACGUGCGGAAGUACGCGGCCGUCUGUAGGGCUCAAGGAAAGUUCUAGACUGAUAACCAAGCCCGUAACAAAGAAAUCAAUUUCAAGACGUGUCUAUAUUUGUACGGUCAGUAC